UAUAAAGAAAGGGAAGAAGCUGGAAAAGGCAAAGUUCGUGGAAAUUGCCCAUGUAUGCUGGUCCCCAAGUGACUCCAUACUGCACCCUAACACCUGGGUCUCUAACAUUUUCUGCACCCAUUAUGAAGGUUGGACAAAAGGAGGCUUUCACCGGUCCAGCUUGUUAGGCCUCUCUUAUUAUCUGGUGCACUUGGGAUCCUAAUGCAGGGAUAUUUGAAACCAGGUUGAGGGAGAGGUAGGGAGCAAGUCUUUGAGCUGUCACUUUUCCAGGUUCUAGGCAGCCUGGGGAACCUCUAGUCAUUUAUUGAAGGACUGGGCUCAAAUGAGGUAGAAUUCAGGAACUGAAGACUUUCUGGACCAUAACAGGUCUAGCAGUCCAGCGAAGCCUCCUAGGCUGGCCUUCCAGAAGCAGCCCACCGCCUUCCCCAGACCCCAGCCCAGGAAAGGGGAGAUGUUACCCUCUGUUUGCAAGGCCAACUCACUCGCUUUUCUUCCUAGCUCUCCAAAAGGCCUGGAGACCUGGGGAAAUGUUCUCUUCCUUGCUCCCUCCAACCCCGAAGCUCCUGGUCCCAGGCCUAGCCGGGAGGUUCAGGAAGCCGGGGCACAUCCAUCAACUGUCUCGGCCUCUCCCACGCCUGGGCCCCUUCAUCUUCCCGUAGUUACGCUCCCGCCGGGGAGGCGCGGCCCUUCCUCACAGCCUGCUCAGCCGCUGGCAGGUUCAGGCUAGUCUGGGGCGGGGACUUGGGAGAGCCUGAAAGUUGAGGGUGGGGACCCAGACCCAUCUUUAAAGGCCUGGAACUGGCCCUAAGGAACCUCGACACACGGCGAAGGCCCUGGGCUGUCCCAAGAAGUGCAGGAUCCUGCUCCCCAUCGCCCAAGUUGUCAGAGGCCAUGGGUCGCUACCGCAUCCGAGUGGCCACUGGGGCCUGGCUCUUCUCUGGGUCGCACAACCGUGUGCAGCUGUGGCUGGUCGGGGUGCGCGGGGAGUCAGAGCUGGAGCUGCAGCUGCGACCCGCGCGGUGCCAGGAGUUGGAGUUUGAGCACGAUAUUCCCGAGGACUUGGGGCCACUGCAGUUCGUGAAGCUAUGCAAACACCACUCCCUGGUGGACAACGCGUGGUUCUGCGACCGUAUCACAGUGCAAGGGCCCGGAGACUGCGCGGAAACUGCCUUCCCCUGCUACAGCUGGGUGCAGGGCGAAGGCGUGUUGAGCCUGCCGGAGGGCACUGCCCGCCUGGCAGGAGACAAUGCAUUGGAUGUGUUCCAGAAGCAUCGAGAGAAGGAACUGAAGGAAAGACGACAGACAUACUGCUGGGCCACCUGGAAGGAAGGGUUACCCCUGACGAUAGCUGCAGGCUGUGAGGAUGAUCUACCUCUAAAUAUGAGAUUCUGCGAGGAGAAGAGGCUGGACUUUGAAUGGACACUGAAGGCAGGGAAACUGGAGAUAAUGCUUAAGCGUGCUUACACCCUCCUGAGCUCCUGGAAGCACCUGGAGGAUUUUGAUCAGAUCUUCUGGGGCCAGAAGAGCACCCUGGCUGAGAAGGUUCGCCAGUGCUGGCAGGAUGACGAGUUUUUUGGCUACCAGUUCCUCAAUGGUGCCAACCCCAUGCUGUUGAGACGCUCCACCUCUCUGCCCUCCCGGCUAGUGCUGCCCUCAGGAAUGGAGGAGCUUCAGACCCAGUUGGAGAAAGAACUCCAGAACAAUUCCCUGUUUGAAGCUGACUUUAUCCUGCUGGAUGGAAUUCCAGCCAAUGUGAUCAGAGGAGAGAAGCAGUAUCUGGCUGCCCCUCUCGUCAUGAUGAGGAUGGAACCUAGUGGGAAGCUGCUACCCCUGGUCAUCCAGAUCCAGCCUCCCAGCCCCAGCUUCCCCACCCCACCACUGUUCCUGCCCUCAGAUCCUCCACUUGCCUGGCUCCUGGCAAAGUCCUGGGUCCGAACUUCAGAUUUUCAACUGCACCAGCUCCAAUACCAUCUGCUGAACACUCAUCUGGUGGCUGAAGUUGUUGCUGUUGCCACCAUGAGGUGCCUCCCAGGACUGCACCCUGUCUUCAAGCUCCUGAUCCCACACAUUCGCUACACCAUGGAGAUCAACAGCCGGGCACGGACCCAACUCAUCUCAGAUGGAGGUAUAUUUGAUAAGGCAGUCAGCACAGGUGGAGGGGGCCAUGUGCAGUUGCUUCGUCGGGCCAUGACUCAGUUGACCUACCGCUCCCUCUGUCCUCCUGAUGAUCUCGCUGACCGGGGCCUACUGGGAAUCCCAAGUGCUCUCUAUGCCCAUGAUGCUUUACGGCUCUGGAAGGUCAUUGCUCGAUAUGUGGAGGAGAUUGUCCACCUCUUCUACCAUGGGGAUGAUGUCGUAAGAGGUGACCCUGAGCUGCAGGCCUGGUGUCGAGAGAUCACUGAGGUUGGGCUGUGCCAGGCCCAAGACCGAGGUUUCCCUGUCUCCUUCCAGUCCCAGAAUCAACUUUGCCAUUUCCUUACCAUGUGUGUCUUCACAUGCAGUGCCCAGCAUGGGGCCAUCAAUCAAGGCCAGCUAGAGUGGUAUGCCUGGGUCCCUAAUGCCCCAUGCACAAUGCGGAUGCCCCCACCCACUACCAAGGAAGAUGUGACAAUGGCCACAGUGAUGGGCUCACUACCUGAUGUCCAACAGAGCUGUCUUCAAAUGACCAUCACAUGGCAUCUGGGUCGACGCCAGCCAGAUAUGGUGCCUCUGGGGCAUCACAAAGAAAAGUAUUUCUCAGGCCCCAAGGCCAAGGCUGUACUAAACCAAUUCCAAACAGAUCUGGAAAACUUGGAAAGGGAAAUUACAGCCCGGAAUGAGCAACUUGACUUGCCCUAUGAAUACUUGAAGCCCAGCCACAUAGAGAACAGUAUCACCAUCUGAGCUCUACCGCCGCCACCCCCCACCCCCGACCCUGGCCUGGAAAACUUCAGAUCAGCUCUAGGACUGACAUUUCCAUUUUGAAUUUCCUAGAUUCCUAAGUCUCUGCUGCUAGGGCUCUAUUUCUUCCCCCAACUAAAUCCCCUAUGUCAGUAUCCCACUAGUCCAGGGAGGCUACAAACCUUUUCUAUAAAAAAGCCAGAUGAUAAAGUUUUAGGCUUUGUAGGGCACACCAUCUUCGUCAUAACUACUCAACUCUCUCAUUAUAGAGAAAAGCAGCCGCAGACAAUAUGAAUAUGAAUGAGUGUGACUGUGUUCCAAUAAAACUUUAUUCAUGGACAAUGAAAUGUGAACUUCAGGUGUCAUGAAAUAUUCUUUUGGUUUAGUCAACUAAUUAAAAAUGCAAAACACACACAAACAAACAAAAAACCUGUGCUUUGCCAGAGGGAUGUGCACAGACUGCAGGCUGAAUUUGGCCCCCAGUGGCAGUACCUGCACAAGGUACCCUGCUCUAGCCUGACCCUACUUGCAAACAUCCAGAGAAUGCUCUCAGCAAUAGGCAAGAAAGAUUUCUUAGACAAAUGAACUACUUCAACUAAUUCUCCUUUCCCAAGAACUAGAGUUCAUGCUUAAUGGCAAACUUAAAAAUUCCUGACUCUCUGGAAACUUUCCCUCCAUCCCCAUUCCUCCUCUUCACACAUCUACCCCCAAAAUUCCAAGAAUAAGAAUAGUGCUCCCAGAGCAGAAUAAAAAAAACCUUCACCCCCAAAUGGCUUUCUUCCCCAAACAGUCUCAAAAAGACACAUGAAACUCAUCUCUCAAGCCCCUUUAGUAUGCUGGAGUCUCUAUGUGUUUCCCAGGUUCCAAAUUCUUUCACAACACUUUCAGAACAAUGUGCACAAAAUAAAUGUUAAAAUACCACAAAGUUAUGCUAACCAUUAACGACAGUGUUUAUCUCAUUCUGAAAUCGAAAUGACCCCUCUCAAUUAUGCUAUCAUCACUGUCCUCACCAGACUAAACACAACAAGCUCAGCGCAAAAUUGUGUUUUUUACACACCCCUAUUUCCCUGAAUAAUUAUUACAAAUCUGUCAUCAGUGAAGUAUAUGAACGUUUUCUUUGGAGAGGAUGAUCUAUGCAUAUUUUUAAAAUCUUGUACCACGCCUUACUCAAAGGACCUAUACUCCCUUUCUUUAGUUUACCGUAGGGAAGCAAAAUGACGUUUUUGUGUAUUAUUCCUUUCUCUAGUACAUUUAGCAAGACCACUCUCAUAACUGCUCAGAAUCUGCUUUCCCUGGACUUUUCCUUACGUCCGUAUUUUUCCUGAACUUAGCAUCAAAAACUAUUCAGAUAACAAAACGUUAUUUAAGUAUUUCCAGUGCCAAGAACCCUCCAGAAUCUUAAAGCAUUCUAGCCACAACAGUAUGCUUGGCCCCUAGGGAAGGGUCUCCUAUUUCCUUUUACUGUCAGAAUAUCUAUUUUAAA